AUGACAGAAAACAUCAAGAGUCUGGUUGAUUGGGCCACAGCUUCUGGGGCUUAUCUUCAUCCUGACGUUGAAAUUUAUAAAGAUGCAGUAACAGGAUUAUCGUUCAAAGCGCAACAAACGAUAGCUCCUCAAACAAGUAUUGUGCGAUGCUCAUACCAGAUUUCUCUAUCAUAUCUAAAUGCGAUUGGCACGUAUUCUGAAUUUCCCUCUACCGAUCCAUUUCCUGUUGAGUUCUUGGAGAAUUUGAAACAAGAUGAUCCCAACAUUAUUGGUCACUUUUUUCUCAUACAGCAAUAUUUGAAGGGUGAUCAAUCUCCAUGGUGGCAGUAUAUCAGAUUACUUCCUCAGCCAAAUGAUCCCAAAAGCCUUGGGAUUCCUAUCUGGUGGCCAGAAGAAGAUCAAGAGUUCCUCACCGGGACAAAUGCAGAACCUCCACUUCAGAAGCGAGAACAGAUGUGGAGAGAUCAUUAUAUCCUGUAUCGAUGGGCUGCUACUAUCUUUGACAGUCGAAGUUUUCGACCAUCCUUGACAGUUUGUCCUGAAGCUUUGAGUCAAAGCUCUACAGAUACAGAUCUCAAUCUAGAUCAUAUUCGCAAUGAUAGGUUUUCGAUCUUAUAUCCACUUGUUGAUAUAGGCAAUCAUAAUGGUAUCAAUCAAGUAGAGUGGAGAAAAGACCCCAUCUCCAAUUCCUUCGAUCUAGUCCAUUCUGCUGGUGUCUCACAGGGAGACCAGAUUUACAAUUACUAUGGAAACAAAUCAAAUAGCGAAUUACUAGUUGGCUACGGGUUUAUUCUUCCAAACGAUCUUAGGUCAGAAUUGUCACAAUCCUCCAGAUCCAAGGCAGCCCGAGGAGGAAUUCAUGUUUUGCCGUGCAAACCACCAUCUGCAAACGGGUCACACGAUUCUAGGAUCUUGGAAUUUCACAGCUUUGGAGAAGGUCUAGUGGAUCUCAUUUGCUGUAUUGUAGCAAAUGAACGAGAGCGUUCAUACAUGUUGAAGUUUCCGGAAAUAUGCCCAGAAAGAAUUGCACAGCCCUUCCAAAGCCCUCUAUGUAGAGCAGUGUUACAGGCAAUACUUAUUAUCCAAUCUAAGCUCGCAUACGAAAUUGAGAAGAUUGAACAAAUCGGAGCAAGUCUAGGCCCCCCUCAAAAUUAUAAUCAAUCCCUCGCUCUGAAUUACCGGAACCUCCAACUCAUCACCUUACGAUCCGCUCUUCAACCCCUAGAUCUUCUAACCACACCAAUCCUCACCCCAUCCCUCGAACUCUCACCACAUUCUUCAACAGGCACUUUGAAAAUCCUCUCAAUCGAACAGGCCUACUCACUACUCACCCACCACUACCCAUCCCUCUCUACCAGCAUCCACAAUCUCAUCGCCUCAGACCAAGAAGAAGAACUUCCUCUAGAUUGGUCUGUCCUUCUCGAAGAUUGGAACUUCACAUACUGGACUCUGUGGGUUUAUAUCAUCAUGCUCAAGCGAUCCGACCAAAAAACUCUUGCGGCUAUACACCCAGCAUUAGAGAAAUGGAUUAGAGAUGGAACUUUAAUCUUCUCCCCCCAAAACCCCACCCCCACCUUCCACGGCGCCAUCGACGAACACGAAACCCUCACAACCACCCUCUCCCAACUACGAAAACUGCACCCAGAACUUUUCAACCUCCAAAAUGUAAACCACGAGCACCUCCUCAGUCUCGCAAGUUGUGUGGUCAAGGAACAGACAUUUACGGCGCCUGUAUGUAGUCGUCGUGAUUCAAGUAACGACAAGGGACUUGUGGGUCUCGAAAUGAAUGAGGUUAACCCUAAAUAUCAUAAAUCUGAUGAAUUACAAAGCAAACUCAAAUCUCCUCUCUUGAUGUAA